GGUUAUGUCGUUUGUGGGAACAAUAUAAGCUACUCGGAUUAUAGGAGAGGUAACCCAAAAACAUCAUGCACGUCGUUACGAACUGUAGAUCUGCUUGACUGGGCAUAAGCUUUCCACUGAUCAAUAUUGACUACUGCUCUUCUGGCCAAUUUCGAUCUUGCAUAGGUCUCCUUCAUUUGAUGUGCUCGAGAGUCCUACCUCAUUGUUGGUUUUACUAUUGAUUAUUUCUGCCCUUUGAUUCUCGUGUCUGUAUUAUUUUUGGAGUUGAAUUCCAUAAGUAUUUGGGCAUAUCCGUCAUAUGUCAACUCUAAAACUUCCGAGGUGAAAAUAUUAUUACCAAAGAGCUAACCAUAAAAAAGCUGAAAAUUAACUAGAGUCAUGACCAUAUCUGAUAACAGUAUAAAGAUUGCUAUUGAUAGAGGUGGUACCUUCACCGAUGUGUUUUACAAGUACGGUACAAGCGAAAGAGCAUUUAAGUUGUUGUCCGUGGACCCCUCAAAUUAUUCAGAUGCUAAUAUCGAAGGUAUCAGAAGAGUUCUUGAGGAAGUGAGUGGUGAAGUUAUUCCUAGAGGUAAAAGACUGGAUACUUCUUUCAUCUCCAGCAUUCGCUUGGGUACUACUGUUGCCACUAAUGCACUUUUGGAAAGGAAAGGAGCCCCAUGUGCUUUGGUGACUACCAAAGGUUUUAAGGAUUUGCUUCAUAUUGGCGAUCAGUCUCGCCCGGACUUGUUUGCUUUGAAUAUUGUGAAAUCGGGUGUUCUUUUCAAAUCCGUAGUUGAGGCUGAUGAGAGAGUCACCAUGCCUGCUUUUGCUGCAGAUCCGACAGGCUAUGAUGCCCAAGAUCUUGUUGAUGAUAAAGAAUAUGUUAGAGGCGAAACAAAAGAGGUGUUUCAGAUACUCAAACCAUUAGAUACAGAGGCUUUAAUUACAGAUUUGAAGCAGUUGAAGGAAGAUGGUAUCGAUUCCGUUGCAAUUGUCUUUAUUCAUGGUUACAACUAUCAAGAACAUGAGAAACAAGCUGGAAAAAUUGCAAAGGAUUUAGGUUUCAAACAUAUCUCCAUGUCACAUGAGAUUUUCCCUGUGAUCAAGGCUGUUCCUCGUGGUCAAUCAACCGUUGUGGAUGCAUAUCUUACUCCUAUAAUCAAAGACUACAUCAAAUCAUUGUUAGAUGGGUUUGAAAAGGGCUUUGAAAAGCAUACUAGAAUUGAAUUCAUUCAGUCCGAUGGAGGUUUAUGCUCUUGGGAAAAAUUCACUGGUUUGAAGUCCUUACUUUCUGGGCCUGCAGGUGGUGUUGUUGGUGAAGCCAAAACAUGCUAUGAUGCAGACAGCAAAAUUCCUAUAAUUGGAUUUGAUAUGGGUGGUACCUCAACUGAUGUCUCGAGAUAUGCCGGUGACUUUGAGUUUUCCUUUGAAUCCACAACAGCGGGUAUAAAAAUUGCUUCUCCUCAACUUGAUAUCAACACAGUUGCUGCUGGCGGUGGAUCAAUUCUGUCAUACAAGAAUGGCAUAUUUAUUGUGGGUCCUGAAUCAGCUUCUGCUCAUCCAGGUCCAGCGUGCUAUAGAAAAGGCGGUCCUUUGACAAUUACUGAUGCUAAUUUAUUUACUGGCAGGAUUUUACCUGAGUUUUUCCCUAAAAUCUUUGGUCCCAACGAAGACCAGCCCUUAGAUUAUGAGGUCACCAAAAAAAAGUUUGAAGAGCUGGCUGAACUGAUAAACAAAGAAAAUCCUUCUAUGAAAAAAAGCCCCCAAGAAAUUGCUUUGGGUUUCCUAGAUGUUGCAAAUUUUCAAAUGUCUAAGCCAAUCAGAGAACUAACUGAUGCAAAGGGAUUUGACGUAUCUAGUCAUACCUUGGCAUCCUUCGGUGGUGCUGGUGGGCAACACGCUUUAUCUAUUGCUAAGAUUUUGAAAAUUAAAAGAGUAGUAAUACAUAAGCAUUCCUCCAUUCUCUCUGCUUAUGGUAUUUCAUUGGCUGAUAUCGUUACUGAUUUGCAAGAACCUUGUGCAGCAGUAUAUUCUCAAAAAUCUAGGGAUACUCUAAUCAUGGAUUGUGUUCGAUUGAAAGAGAAAUGUUUGAAAAAUCUGGUAAGUCAAGGUGUUACUGUAUCCUCAAUUAAUUACAAAAUUUACCUAAAUAUGGGUUAUAAAGGCUCUGAUACAAGAAUAAUGAUUUUAGAGCCGAAAGAUGGAGAUUUCCUAAAAGCAUUUUACGAGAUUCAUGAAAGGGAGUUUGCCUUCAAUGAUAAGGAUAAAGAUAUUUUAGUUUCCGAUAUUCGAGUUCGUGCCACCGGCAAUACCUCAGAAACUUGGUCGGAGCGUUCGGCAUAUAAAGAUUAUGAAACAACUGAAAAAGCUUUUGUGCAAAGUGGUAUGGAAGAAAAAGUAACAGAAAUUUAUUUUGACGAGGGCUUAUUACCUUCCAAAUUUUACUUCCUUGAUAAGCUUAAAGUCGGUACCAUGAUCCCAGGUCCUGCCUUGAUUUUGGAUAAUAAUCAAACCUUACUAGUCACUCCUGGUUCUGUUGCUACUAUUCUCCCCAGACAUGUGGUUAUGGAUGUUGAUGUUGGUAGUAGUAUUGCGGUGACUACAAACUACGUUGAUCCAAUUCAAUUGGCAAUUUUUGCCAAUAGAUUCAUGUCCAUUGCGGAAGAGAUGUCUAGAACGUUACAAAAGAUUUCAGUCAGUGCCAAUAUCAAAGAACGAAUGGAUUAUUCGUGUGCUUUAUUUGAUAAUGAGGGAAACUUGACAGCAAACGCUCCCAAUGUUCCGGUUCACUUGGGCUCAAUGUCUGCAGCAAUUAGAUAUCAGUUGGAACGAUGGAAAGAUGAUCUUCAAGAUGGUGAUAUUCUUUGUACCAAUUCUCCAAUAGUUGGUGGCACACAUUUACCUGAUAUCACCAUCAUCUCUCCUGUAUUUUUUGAAGGAAAAAUCCAGUUUGUUGUUGCUGCUAGAGCACAUCAUUCAGAGAUAGGAGGCACUGCACCUGGCUCUUCUUCAUCUUAUGCAAGAGAAAUUUAUGAAGAAGGUGUCAAUAUUGAGUCAUGGAAAAUUGUUUCAAAGGGCAAGUUUGAUUAUGAUGGGCUAAAAGAGCAUUUUGUUGAGGUUCCUCGUUCUCAUGGUGUAUCAGGUACCAGAAACAUUGAUGAUAAUUUGUCAGACUUGAAAGCUCAAAUUGCUUCCAAUCAGAGAGGUAUCAAUCUACUCAAAGAAUUGUUUUCUGAAUAUGGAAGUGAAACUGUCCUUUUUUAUAUGAGGAAUAUCAAGAAAACAGCUGAAUCUGCAGUUAGAGAGUUUCUGAAAACAUAUGCUGCUGAAAAUAAAGGGAGAUUUCCUUUGACUGCCGUUGAUUAUAUGGAUGAUGGCUCGAGAAUUCAAGUUAAAAUUGACAUUGAUGAAAAAAGUGGUUCUGCAGUUUUCGAUUUUACUGGUACUUCAUUGGAAUCCUACAGUAAUUUGAACGCACCAAAAUCCAUUACAUACUCAACUGUCAUCUAUGUUUUGAGGUGCUUGGUCAAUAUGGAUAUCCCGUUGAACCAAGGAUGUUUGGAUCCUUGCACGGUUAUUAUUCCUGACAACAGUUUGAUCAACCCAAGUAAGUUUGCUGCGGUUUGUGCUGGUAACGGUAUGACUUCUCAGAGAAUCACUGACUGUCUAUUCAAAGCUUUUGGCCUAACUUCAGCUACUGGUGGAUGUAUGAAUGGUUUAAACUUUGGUACUGGCGGUUUAGACGAAAACGGGAAUAUGGUAAAAGGUUAUGGUUAUACCGAAACUAUAGGCCAAGGGAAUUGUGCUGGUAUAAUUGUCAAAGAUGGUGCUAAAAUAGGAUUUAACGGAUUUUCUGGUACACAAACUAACAUGACAAACACUAAAAUAACUGACCCUGAAAUUUUUGAGCAACGUUAUCCUGUGAUGUUGAUACAGUACGCAAUUAGAAAAAACAGCGGAGGUAAAGGCAAAUGGAGAGGUGGCGAUGGUUUGGUAAGAGAAAUUUGUUUCACUUCUCCUGUCCAUGUAUCUCUAGUAACCCAAAGAAGAGUUUUUUCUCCAUGGGGAGUUUAUGGUGGUGAAGAUGGUAAAAGAGGUAUCAACAAGUUGGGAAGAAAUAGGGGUAAUGGUAUCAUCCAAUGGAUUCAGCUUCCCUCAUUAGCAGAAAUCUCAAUGAGAAAAGGUGAUAUUUUGUGGGUUGCUACCCCUGGUGGUGGUGGUUUUGGUAAGGAAACCGAUAGUGAUGAGUAUUGGGGUGUUGCCACUACUAUGAAGAAGUUUAUCCACAUUCCAAUCUCUUCUGGUUCGAUUGGUGCAAUGCAGGAAGCUGCCAAUACUUCUCAGUAGUCGAAUUUUAUAGUAUUUUGCAAAGUAGUUAUCAUUAAAGAAUAUUCUGAUACUUCAGAAAGCAAUCUGCCACUUGCUGAAAUUUUAUUCAGUAAUCAUCGUUUGCAAACAGUUAAAGGUGUUGCC